AAAAUUUUGAUUAUUGAUAAUUUUUCAUUUUAAAAGACGUGCGACUUGCGGGUGGUUCUCACAAUGAAGGACGGGUAGAGGUUUAUUUUAACGGCACGUGGGGAAAAGUUUGUAGUUCCAAUUGGAGAAUGGACUAUGGUCAUGUUGUUUGCAGACAGCUUGGUUUUCAAAAAGCCGUGGGUAUUUACUAUUCUGGCCAUUUUAUCACGGAAACUGGACCGUUUUGGAUGGACCAAGUUUGGUGCACUGGUGAUGAAUCCACGUUGUUUUCAUGUCGUCAUUGGGGUUGGGGAAAUCAUCAAUGUUAUUAUAAUGAUGCCGUUGGUGUCGAGUGUAAAGGCACUCGAGGUGAGAAUAAAUGUUAAUUAAAAAAUUAAAAAUUUUACGAACCAGUCAUCAGUGCCGUCGGAAGGAAAUUGUUAUUUGGGGAGUUCAGUUAAGGGAGUUCUGAGUGUCUCCUAUAGUUUUGUUUAGCAAUAUAUUGAUUAAGUUUGAUCGAUAAUUGUCUUGUUUUGUGGACAUUUUUAGAGUCUUCCACAGUAAAACCAUCUUCUACUGCCAAUGUACAAGGUAAAUGAAAUAUUUUGAUGUGGGUACAUGUUUUAAAAAUGCAUCUUUUAAUACAGUAGUAGAAUUCGUUGGUUCCAUCAUUUCUGCCACUCUACUAAUCGUUUGGUGUGCUAAUGUAUACGACUUGGCUGUCUGGCAUAAAACGGAUUGGGUAUAGGCUAGGUACUAAAUUAUUUUAUUUCAAUUUUCGUAUAGCAUCGUCGGUAAUCACGUCUCCAACAGCAAUCAGUUCCAGUGUAGAUCAAGGUGAUUUAAAAGUGUUUUUUUUUUAGAAAAAUUGGAAUUAGCCAUGAAAAUGGAAUUAAAACCGUUUCAACCUUUUUAGAUUUUGGACGUUAAUGCCCCCCAUCUUGGCUUCACUGAAGUUCUUGCACGAUAGAAUUCGCUGCUCUAACUUGAAUCCUCACCCAAUCCUGACACUAACAAGCUCACUCACACUCAAUGAGUGGAAGUUCAAUCUGAGCUUCUCUCGAGUUUCAUUGCUGUUUUUGAAUAGCGGCUGGAGGGCUAGUGUCGUACCUAUUAACUAUGUGACUACUCACCCUCCAGCCAUUCAAACGCAAUGACACUCGAGAGAAGUUCAGAUUGAACUUCCACUCAUUGAAUGUUAGUGAGCUUUUAGAAUACAGGCGUAACACUAAGGCCUUAACCCAACUUUAACCAACUCCACACUCAUUCCGCGUGUCUGCUCUUUUCAUUUUGCAGAUGAAUCUUCGACGGUGACCCCAACAGUGCAGUACUGUAACUCAUAUUUUCAUUUCUGCUGUCUAAAUGGUCAAUGUAUUGAUCGAGGCGAUGUUUGCAAUGGUAGAAAUGAUUGUUAUGAUGCUAGUGACGAAGUUUACUGUAAUUUGACAGGUUGGUGGCUUUUGGAGAAGUGGGACUUGGGAUCCUUACACACGUAAAAAUUUCACAACUUGUCAACAAAAUGCGUUCCCAACAGGCUUGUAGCUUGACAACAACAAUUCAUAACAAUGCUGUUAUUUUAUCAAGUUGCUACAAGAUUGUCACUCGCAACUUGUUGACAAAUUGGUGAAUUAUAGGACGAUAAUAGGUUGUCAGAACAACUUGUAACAAGUCUAUUGAGCUCAACAACCUUGUAGCAAGUUGUCAACAAGCUCUUGACAACUUGUCAACAAGCUGGGAACAAGCAGUGCGAACAGAUCCUGUUGACAAGUUGUUGGAACAGCAUUGCCACAAGUUCGCUGUAGGUUUGUUACAACUUGUGCGUUUUUACGCGUGUAGUUCCAGACUAACUUCGUCCGCCAAUUUAUAGUACCCCAUCUCUUGUGUUUGAGAAUUGCUUUUUAAAAUUUUGUGAUGUAUUUAGAUGUACACUUCAGUAUGAAAUUUUGAUUCUUGAUAAUUUUUUAUUUUAAAGACGUACGACUUGCGGGUGGUUCUCACAAUGAAGGACGGGUAGAGGUUUAUUUUAACGGCACGUGGGGAAAAGUUUGCAGUUCCAAUUGGAGAAUGGACCAUGGUCAUGUUGUUUGCAGACAGCUUGGUUUUCAAAAAGCCGUGGGUAUCUACUAUUCAGGCAAUUUUAUCCCGGAAACUGGACCGUUUUGGAUGGACCAAGUUUGGUGUACUGGUGAUGAAUCCACGUUAUUUUCAUGUCGCCAUUGGGGUUGGGGAAAUCAUCAAUGUUAUUAUAAUGAUGCCGUUGGUGUCCAGUGUAAAGGCACUCGAGGUAAGAAUAAAUUAUAAAAAUUUCGAACAUGUCGCAAAUCUGUGCCGUCGAAAAACAAAUUGUUAGUGAGUUUGGCAACCAACAAAGGCGAUGACAGAAAACAAAAUUAAUUAUACUGUUGUAUUCGACCCAAAACCCACAUCACUAAACUUUUAAAAUCUUUCUAUCUUUCUUUCAAAGUUCAAACAACCCUGAAUUUGCGCUCUUUUUGCGUUCCCGAAAGCUCGGAAAAGCAUUCCCGUGUUUCCGGAGAGGAUUUUUUUAUCGAAGUUGCGAAUUUCUUUAUGUCAGUAAGCUUCCAGUGGCGGAAAUUCACCCACCAAGAUUUCCGCCACUGUAAGCUUCUGAGCAUUAUUUCGCUUUGCUCGCCGAAGUAUUACUGGCGAAACAACGAGUGACCUUUACUAAACCUUUAGGAAGAACAAUUGAUAUUGCUCAGAUCCAGUAUAAAUAAAGUUAGUUUAGUUUAGGUUUCCUCCUGCAGUAACACUGGAUCAAUAAGCGAUGACCUUACCAGACCACUAGAAAGAACAGUUUAGAACUGAUGGAUCUAUUCAAAACUGAAUCAAUAAGAGACUAAGGUUUUUUGCUUUUACAGGAAAUUCCACCGUAAAGCCUUCUACGCAAGGUAAAUUCGACAUGUUUAAUCCAGAAGAGAAACUUUAGACGACGCUAAUAAUUGAUAUCAAUUCACAAUCAUGUUCCUUCAUAGGACGUCCAACACCAACAUGGAACGCAACAUUAGCGUCAACAACACCUCGUCAUUGUUUAUCCGGGGCGUUCCAGUGCAGAAAUGGCAGAUGUAUCAACAAGAGUAGAGUUUGCGACAAAAAUAACGACUGUGGAGAUAACAGCGAUGAACUCCUGUCAAUUUGUUCAGGUAAUGUCGCGAGAAGUCUCAGAAUAGGCAAAAUAAAGGCUUAUGCUGUGGAUGAAAUAAUUAUACUGUUAGAAACUUUCAAACUGAUCUGCCCCUUUCGAAGCCAAACAGAUGAUUUCUCAAAAGAAGCUUUAAAUAUAGCGGUGCUUAUCUUUGGAAUAGCCUUCCACUUGAAGCUAAGCAAGCUCAAUCAAUUUACUUUUUUAAUAUUUAAGAGUUGUAUAACACAAAAUAUUCGAUGUUAAUAAUCGAGUAUCUGAGACACAUCACCGUAUAGCUUUGAUACUGAUGCAUGUACAUAUACUGUAGUAGUAGACUUAGUUUUCUUCUUUUUUAUAUUCUUUGUGGUAUUUUUGUAUAUAUGGACGCUUCCUGUGGAGAUUUUGUAGUUGUCGGGGCUGGCGUCGUAAAAUAAAGUGUGCAAUAAAAAAUAAUGGGUUUGUUAGAGUCAAACUCUAGGUGACUCUGCAGGUCGUCUCUGCUCACCCGUAAGGGCCGUAACUGAGCUGAAAUAUUUUCGGUUUUUACGAAAGUAAUUAUCGAGUGCUGACUGUACGGACAGCGAACUAUUUUCACAGAGUAAGACCACACCUUUCAUUAAAUCUUCAUGUUUUUCUUUUUCCCCUUUGUUCAUAUUUAUCCUAGACCUACAGUGGUGAAACUUUGUAAAAUAAUUACUUUACUUGGUUUUGUUUAUUUUUUCCAAUAGUUUUUAACCCUCAAUUUCAGACAACCUUCGUCAGUGACAUGAAAUUGGUUUCUUAAAUGGAUAAAUUCUGUUGCGUGUUUAGAUGUUAGUAACUGCUGAACAUUUUACUGCUAAUUGUUAACAUUUUUUAAUUUUAGACGUACGACUUGUUGGUGGAUCCGAUCACAAUGAGGGGCGGGUAGAGGUUUACUAUAAGGGUAAAUGGGGAACAAUUUGUCAUGAUUCCUGGGAUAUAAACGAUGCUGAGGUUGUCUGCAGACAGCUUGGUUUUCAAGAUGCUGAGUCUAGUCACAAGUAUAGUAAUUUUGGUGGUGGGACUGGACAGAUUUGGCUUGGCGAUGUUAAAUGCGGAGGUCGUGAGUCAUCGCUAUUUUCGUGCAGACACAACGGAUGGGGAAGUCAUCUUUGUGGUGACAAUCACAAUAAGGACGCUGGUGUUCGCUGUAGUGGCUCUCGAGGUGAGAACAGAUGAAGUAUACUCUUUCGACUAAAGUGAAAUUAUUAACUUCUUAUUAACCGAGCACGAGGUCUGUACAGAGCCGAAAUAUCGGACCGAGGUCUUUUCUCUGUAAAGACCGAGCAAGCGGGGUUAAUAAAAAGUUUAUUAUGUGGCAUUUAUAUUAGCCUGCGUGCAGGCCCAAGGGAACUGAUAGUGGGCCGGCAACCAUCACCCCAUGUUUUCGAUUUUCGCCGGCCGAACCGCCGGCUAAAUUCCCAUUGGCUAGCUGAGGCGAUCGGUAAUUAAUUAACCUAGCGUGCAGGCCCAAGGGAAAAGUGAUUCAUCACAAAGGCAUAGACAAAGGCUCUCGAUAAGCUUAAAAUUUGAAAAUUGAUUACUUUUCGAUUACAAAUGGAACAAGAACAGACUGUUUAUUGUUUACUUGAAGGAAGACAUGUUUUUGCCGUUAUGCCAAU